AUGGAGCAUCGAAGUCGCAUUGGUGAAAAGAGCGGAUCCGCUACCGAGCGGCAUGAAUCCGAAAACUCAAAUUCUGUGUCUCCCGAUACCUCAUCUCUAAUUCCAGAACACAUUGUAGAUCACGCUUCACAGAGACUAGCGGUGGUGUCAAUCUUUUUUGCAAUUCAAGCUUGGAAGAUCUACGAUAUUCUACUAAUCAAGGCUGAUGCGUAUGCGGUCAGUAGCAGUCUAGCGGGAAGCGCACUCAAAAGCAGUCUUCUGCAGUUAAACAACUUCACAUUUAUUCUCAAGUACGCCUUUGUCGAAGGAGUGUUUCUAUGGCUUCUUCCGGUGUUGAAUGUCCCGCUUUUGAGCUUUCUGCCAGCAUUCACUUUGCUACUUACGGUAGUGCUCAAUGCAGCUAAUGUGCUCCUCACUAGUCAGAGUGCGGUUCCUCUUCUUUCGGGAGUCUUUGUUCCUAUUUGGAAUAUGGUGUUCCGUCAACGCGAACUUACAAUAUCCGGUGACACUGUUUUGCCUGCAAGUGUGAUCGAACCAAACGCUCACUUCAAGGGAAGAUAUACCAUCCAAUACCUUCCAGAGUCCUCUGUAGCACUUAAUCCUUUUGGACUCGCUGGUAUGUGUCUUGAAGACAAUAGCUCUUCUCUCGCUUCGGCCAUUAAACUCCCUAUUGAAUUCAAUACAACAAACGAUGUUGGACACAUGCAACUUGAAUGGAUCUCUCCUUCCAAUACAAGAACACUCCUUAAUUACACUAGAAGUGACGUUAAACGUCUAUCCAAAGGUGACUUCUCUCGCUAUUCCAAAUACCCUAGCUAUGUUCAUGAUGAUGAUCGGGUGUUCUACGCCGAGGUCGAGAUUAAGAACCCUGGAAAAUAUAAAAUCCACAGAGUUAUGGAUGUUGAUGGCUUAACCAUCCGUUCUUAUAGAAGUGAAUUUACCAUCGGUGCCUGCCCGGUCGGAAAAUUUGCAUACCCUGGCCCAGAGCAGUCCUACAUGAAGCAUGUCUGUUUGGCCAAAGACAUUUCACUGCUCAACUGGACGCUUCCGCUUGUACAUGCUACUGGUGUAAUGCCUCUUAGCGUCGAAAUAUCUGCAUUCUUGAAUGAAAAAUGUAUCUCAACAUUCAACACCACUCUCCAGGAACCGGCCCCUACGAAGUUCGGCUUGGAAUGGCUUAAAGAACACUCCAUUUUCCGAAACACGUUGGAACAAGAAGCUUUGCGCUCUCAAUUCAAUUUGCGCCCUGGUUCCCUCCGUUUUCAUGUUAACUCGAUCGUUGAUGGUGCUGGCAUUUCCAAGUACUACAACCCUGCAUCAAAAGACAAAGACGUGAAUUUUGAUUUACAGCUCAAAAAUUCUCCUAGCAUCCGCCUUGUUGAUCCUAAUCCUGCGGUUCCUCUCACACAUAAACGCUCAAAGAGAUUACAGUUAGUGUCUGAUCUGCAAGUAACUUAUCCUUUGAAUGUUAUUGUUCAACAUUCGACCACCAAUGCAUCACUGCCACAGAAUUUGAGCUUCACUUUCCGCAAUGCAGAAGAAUUUAAAUCUGGAAUUCAGGUCUCCGAUGCCGGGUCUUAUCAGUUAGUCAGCGGCGACGAAUAUUUCUGCCCAUGCCAGAUUGACGCUAAGUCAACUCCAGUCCAAUUAACCAAACCACUACCUCCAACCGUAGUCAUCAAUGAAAACCCGAUUAAAGAUAAAUGUGUUGGUACAAUUGGUUAUGAGUUCGAUCUCUCGUUCACAGGCAACCAGCCCUUCGAGGUUUACUAUGAGGUUUACAAAAAUGUUUCCAAUGUAAUAAAGCCAGUAUUGAGUGAGCGUGGCUUAAAGCAACACAAGCGUAAAAGCCAAACUCCGAAUCUCAACUUUCAAUAUUUGCCUAAUCAAGAAGGCAAUUACAUGCUCGUCUUCAAGGGAAUUAAAGAUACUUACUACUCAGACGAAUUAAUUCCAGUCCCAGAAGGAACUGAGCAGUACUCCAUGUAUAUCUCCAAGCGUUCCAGUUUUUCUUUCUUCAGAAACACCCACGCACUCCAAAAGACAAUAAGAUUGUGCAAAGCCAGUUCUGCCAAAAUUCCAUUCUACUUGAAUGGAAACUUUCCUUUCUCGUUCCGCUAUGAAGUCACGGACGCAAACACAGGCAAGGUUGUUGAAUCACAACUUGUGGAAAACUACACUGAAGAUACAUACACUGUGCAGAUCCCAGAGUUCAAACAAGGAGGUGAUUACAAGCUUCAAGUCAAAGAUGUCACAGACAGUCUUGGAUGCCCUGCUUCUUGUCCGGCCCUGGAGCAGAUCAAGAUUGUUGCCAGGGAUGAUGUACCUGAAUUGAGCUUUUCAGACUCGCAAGAGCACGUUAUUGUGGAGGGCGAUUCUGUCCGCAUCCCAUUGACCCUCAAGUCUUCGCAGGGGUUCACUUCUAAUGACAAAAUUACAUAUAAGGUCACAGAUUUACAUGACGAACAUGCAAUCAAAACAUUUACGGUUCCUGCUUCUUCGGAAUUGAACCUCAAGGCUGAGGGUUUAUACACUUUGGAGUCCUUCAGCAACAGCGGUUGUUUUGGAAAAAUUGGUGAGAAAUCAAAACAGAUCAAGGUCCGUUUUCAUGCAAAGCCUAGUCUUGUGUUGGCUCCUAGAUCUGAUCAAAUUUUGUCACAACAAGAUCUCUCCUUUGAGUUGCAAUCCCGUUGCCAGAGCACUCCUUCACUGUUGAAAGUCAAACUCGUUGGCCAGAAACCGUUCAGUUUACAAUAUGUUAUCAAUUUUCCAAAUGGAAGAGUCAAGAACCCCUUGGUUUCGAUUGAUAAUGAUGAACUAGAGAUCCCGCUUCCAUCAUCCCAGAGUGGAGACUACUCCAUUAAAUUCACAAAUGUGUAUGACUCUUUGUAUAGCCGUGAGAAGCUUGACAGAUUAUCCCAUCAUGUGCAACCUCAGCAAGUGUACUACAAAAUCCGGGCUUUGCCUGAAAUUUCUGUGGACAAAAAGUACCUACAGAUUUGUGAAACCCAAGUGGAUGAUGAGUCACUCUUGAAAAUACCAGUCACGAUUAGUGGGGUUGCACCAUUUAGAAUCGAAGCUCACAUUGUUCAUGAAUCAUCUGAUAAAUCAGAACAGCUCAUUUUCGAGAGUGUCCAUGGCAACCAGCUUAGUCUCACCAAUAGCAAGGCCUCGAAAGCAUUUAAAGAGCUUCUCUCUGUUGGCGAGCAAUUAAUUCAACUAGACAAAAUUGUUGAUGCUAAUGGUUGUGAGCGCUCGGAAUUGGGAGACGACAGCUCGGUCAAGCUUUCAGUUACACCUAUUCCACUGAUUCGUAGACUUGGCAAAGGCUCUAUUUGUGUUGGCGAGCACAUUGCAUAUGACAUGACCGGUAUUGCACCUUUUAAAGUAUUCUACAACUUCAACGGCAAGCACCGCAGAGCUGAAUCAGGUGCUAAGUUUGUGCGGUUGGCACUGAAGCCCGGUAGGUUGUCAAUCUCUGCGCUUCAAGAUUCUUCAGCUGGUCUGUGCUUGGUCAACUUCACGAGCAGUCCUCUUGAGCAAUCUGAUUUAGAAAUAGAGGUUCACGAGAUUCCAUCGGUCGAGAUCAGUCAUGGAGACGAUAUCAUCAAGAACUUGCAUGAAGGAGACCAGACCGGCAUCACCUUCAAAUUUACUGGAACUCCACCAUUCCUGGUCACCUAUGUGCGUACAAUUGGCGACAAGUCAACUAAGAGGCACAAGACUCAGAAGAGAGAGAAAUCAAACCGCAAGGUUGUGGAGACGAAGACCCUCGAAAACAUAUGGGACUAUGAGCAUACUGAGACUGUGAGUUUGGAGGGAACAUACGACGCGAUAAUGAUAAGCGACGCCAACUGUAAGGCAGAGCGUUCCAUCGCCGAGAUUUUGCAUGAGUGA